GAUAUUAACACAAACGUUUGAAUCAUAUGAACGAAGAUGCUUUCGAAGAAAAUCCAUCCCUGUAACCAGGCAAAGGUUGAUAUAACAUCUGGAACUGGAAAUGAGAAAGGUCUCAAUGGAAAAGUGGCUAUUGUGACAGGAUCUACAUACGGUAUUGGACUGGCUAUGGCACGUCGCUUGGCACAAGAUGGUGCUCAUGUCAUCUUGUCUAGUCGCAUUCAGAAAAAUGUGGAUACAGCUGUGGAGAAACUUAAGAAUGAGGGUCUGAGUGUUAUUGGAAUAGUUUGUCAUGUGGGUAAUGAAGAAGAACGGAAGCAAUUAGUGGAAAAGGCCCUGGAACUAUAUGGUAAAAUUGACAUUCUCAUCUGUAAUGCUGCUGUAAAUCCAUUCGUUGGUCCACUUAUGGAAACCACUGAAGAGAUGUGGAAAAAGGUGUUUGAAGUGAACGUUAUCUCAACCUUUCUAAUGAUAAAGCUUGUUGUACCACACAUGCAAAAACAAGGAGCUGGAAUAAUUAUUAUCUGUUCUUCAUUUAUUGGUUAUAUACCUCAUCCGUAUGUAGGCCCUUAUGCAAUAUCUAAGACAACCCUACUUGGAAUGACCAAUGUUUUGGCUCAGGCUUUGCGCCCCAUGAAUAUCAGAGUAAAUGGUCUAGCACUGGGACUGAUCAAUACUAAAUUCAGUGAUGUGAUUAAAAAGACUGAAGAAUUGGAAAAGAUGAUAAUACCUGUUGGUGUUCAAAGGUUUGGAGAACCAGAAGAAUGUGCCAGUGUUGCUUCAUUUCUGUGCUCCAAAGAUGCCACAUAUAUUAAUGGAGAAAACAUUGCCGUAACAGGAGGUAUUCUUGGGAGACUUUAAAUACAAUGCAAUAAAGAAACAGCUGGAAGACAUGCAUUUAUGAUUUUCUAUACAAGCAUAUAAUGCUUCUAUAUAAGCAAAUUAAAAUAAAAC